GUAUCAAAAAUUUCUGCUCGCGCUACCAGUAUGCAUCUUGUUCAGGAUCACAAACAUUGCCCAGAAUGUUCAAAUUUCAGGACAAAAUACAUGGACUUCAGUUCCAAACAUUUUAGCUCGCUCUCGCACUAUUUAAAUAGGGCUUAUAUGAGAAUAUUAUUAUACAUCUAUGUUGUUAAUUUUUUUUUAUAUAUAUAGCUAAGAAUAAGAUAGACUUAAGCGGCCGAUUUGGGGAAAAUUUAGGUGAAAAAAAAUCGCCCCCUCCCCCUUUGUGAAAGCUGGAUCCGCCCAAUUGAUCUCCGAUAAUAGACUCUCCAAGGUUAAGGAGAAGAAGGGGGCCGCGGGGGGGGGGGUGGAUCCCAGGAAUACCAGCAUGCACACAACGAGUGCCGGAAAUUUAUCUCCUGUGCAAUUACAAUGACUGUAUGACAAAAUCGUGAUAAUCUCAUUGGAUGUGCGUAUGAUAUAGGUUGCAUGAAAGUGGUUUGUCCGCGACACGUUGUUAUUCUGAAUUAUGGCGUCGACAAUACGUGGGAGGUUCUUCCAAACUAUCAAAGAAUGUGGUGGUAUAAGGGGAUCAUUCUGGAAAUUACUGAGGGGAGAAGAUCUUAAGAUUGGUGCUCUUGUUGGUGAGGACAAAUAUGGCAACAAGUACUACGAGAAUGACAAGUUCUUCUUAGCCAGAAAUAGAUGGGUGCAAUAUCGCGAUGAUCGCUACUGGAAUUAUGAUGCAAGCCUUGUUCCACCAGAAUGGCACAGAUGGCUUCAUAAUAUAACAGAUGAUCCACCCACUAAGGUACCACCCGUCCCUCAAAAGUUCAUCUGGAAAGAACACAAGGAGAAUUUUUCUGGAUCGAACAAGGAAUAUGUACCCUACUCAACCACACCGAAGAAGAUUCAUGAAUGGGUCCCUCCGAGGAGCUAGUGCUCAUUUACUGAGGAAAUUAACAUAUUUUUAUUUGUGAAACGGUCAUUAAUUUUCCUUUAUUCGGGAUCUGCUUGCAGCUUUACAGAGUAAAUUCUUCUUUUUUAGGAUGUUGUUGAAAACAAAUACUGAAAAUAUUCAAACUGACAACAAAAGUAACAUUUCUUGAAGUGGUUUAAAACUGAACUGAAAAAAAUAAUCCAAUAGAAAUUUGAAUUAGUCAAAAUGUGGUGCAGCACCUUGAUAUGCUGAAGAAUAUUUUACACUCAAAACACCUUCUAAUAUGUGUGUGUUAUUGAACUUAUCAAGAUCAAGAAGAUACCAAUUUAGAAACUUGUUCAGCUCAUAUAAAAAAAAUAUAUAUAUCAUUCAUUAAAACUAUUUAAUGAUAAGAAAUACACAGAAAGGAUUGCUCUGUAUGAAAAGUCUGCAAGGCAUAUAAUUCUCAUGGAUUUGUUGUACAUACAUAUUUCAUCUGACAGAUGUAAUAAAUAAACUAUAUACUGAUGA